AUGACCUAUGAUAAGGCACAAGAUUGCCCCCAACAUUGGAAAAGAAAUGGGAAAAAAUGCUACUUCUUUUCUCAAACUACGGAAAGAAAAAACUGGAAAGCUUUCCAUGAUGAAUGUACUGGCAUGCACUCAGAACUGGUGACCAUUGACAACAAGAAAGAACUGGAUUACCUUAUUUCACAAUCCACAAGUCAUUACUACUUACUUGGUCUCCGGUACAAUGAAAGCAAGAAGAAGUGGGAGUGGAUUAACGGCAGAGAACACAGCACGGACAUGAUGCAAAAAGCACUUAUUCUUGGUAUGGAUGAAAAACUGACUCCUAUGAAUGGAAAUAAGCAAUAA